AUGAGUUCAUCAAGUAGCUCUCCAGAACGUCCUCACUCUUCUCGACGACGCAGUUCUCGUUCUCCAGUUCAAUCUCGUCCUCAUCUUAUAUCACCAUCAAAUGAUCGUGAAGACGGUCAGCGUGUGUAUUAUACAUCGAUAUGUGUCAAAAAUAUUCAUCCAAGAAUAGCUCAUGAUGAAUUAAGAAGACGAAUUGAAGAAAAAUUUUCCAAAUAUGGUCCUAAUACGAUAAAAAUUUAUUAUAAAAAUGAUGAACGUAUGGUAUUUGUCAAUUAUACGAAUUAUCAUGAUGCUAAACAUGCUCGUCACGCAAAAACUGGUCUUGUAUGGGAUAACUGGAAAUUAAUUCUUGAACCAGUUUAUUAUCGACGAAAUUGUUCAGCAGAAGCACCAUUAUUUGUUGAUUAUGCCACAAUACCAUCAACGGCCAGUUCAACAAAAGAGUUAUCAUCAUCAAAACAUCGCCGUGAUCAUUCUUCCAUGUCACCACCAUCUUCUUAUCAGCAACAUGAAAAACAUAAUAGUCACAACAAUAAUCACUCUAACAAUCAUUCUUCGUCGUCAUCAAACGAUGCGUUAUAUGCAAAAUUAAAACGAGAUAAUGAAAAACUUAAACUAAGAAUUCAGGAUUUAAAACAGGAAAGCGAAACAAUCAAUGAUCAACUCGCAUCAGCGAAUCGUAAUUUAACGAAAAAAGAUCAGACAAUCGCAAAAUUAAGGAAAACGAUUGAAGAAAAAGAUAUUCGUAUGGAAAAAUUAGAACAAAUUAGAGAUAAUGUGUCUGUUGGUAGUAAUGACGAAAUACAUUCGCCACCUCCAAGAGAGAAACGGUCAGCUCAAAUGACUGAUGGUGAAGAAGACAACGAACAUUCAUCAUUUUCACCUAUGAAAAAAGUUCAAAAAUUAUCGUCACAUUAUGAUAAUAAUGAAGAUGAUCAUAAGCAACCAUUCAUAUUGGAAUAUUUGAAGCAGCAACUUUUGGAAUUGGAAAAUAAUGCUCAUUUCAAAGGACAGUUGCGUGAAUUAUACAUCACCGGAGCAAAAAGAAUUGAAUUGGGUGAGGGACGAUCUGCAAUUAUUAUUUACAUACCCGUACCAAAGAUAAAAAACUUUCAACGUGUUCAUCAAUCACUUGUAUCGGAACUUGAAAAAAAAUUUAAUCAAACUGUUGUCCUAUUAGGACAAAGAAGAAUAUUGCCAAAGCCGACAAGAAAAUCGAAAACACAAUCGAAACAAAAACGUCCGAGAAAUCGUACAUUGACAGCUGUUCACGAUGCUAUAUUGCAUGAUUUGGUAUACCCAGCUGAAAUAACGGGAAAACGUAUACGUAUUAAAUUAGAUGGUUCAAGAUUAUUCAAAGUACAUUUAGAUAAAAAUCAGCAAACAUUAGUCGAAGCAAAGAUUGGUACAUUUCAAUCGGUUUAUAAAAAAUUAACUGGAAAAGAUGUUCAUUUUGAAUUUCCUGAUGUACUCAUUUAA